AACACAAAAUUUAUUACAACAAAGCUCCACUCUCUCUCAAAGCUCAGUGUUCUCUUCUCCUUUUCCUGCUCUUCGCCUUUCCCAACAAGUUUAAUUCCAGGCUCUAAUUUUUGGAUCUCACUGGUAACUUCAGAGGUGCCGUGUGCGGUCGUUGGGGUGGGUUUCAGGUGGGCUUUUAGAAUGAUAUAGUUUUCAUGGAGUUUUUUGUUUCGAGAUUCAGACAAAAGCGGGUUCAGCAAAGGUGGUUACAUGGGAAUUCAUACAAUGGGGUCUCAAGGCGAUGGUGGUAGUAAUGGCAAACAGUUACAAUGUCAGCAGUUAACACGGCAAAGUUCAAUGUAUAGUCUCACGCUGGAUGAGGUUCAAAAUCAGUUGGCUGACUUGGGAAAACCACUCAACAGCAUGAACCUGGAUGAGUUUCUCAAGAGUGUAUGGACUUUGGAGGGUAACCAGACUUUUGGUACGGACACUGAAGGAACAGCAGUGACCAAUCAAACUUCUCUGCAGCGUCAGGCAAGUUUGUCGUUAUCGAGUGCUUUGAGCAAGAAGACGGUUGAUGAGGUUUGGAAAGAUAUUCAACAAAGUAAAAUUGACGGGGAAAAGAAAUCAAGAGAAAGGCAGCCUACCCUUGGAGAAAUGACAUUGGAGGAUUUUCUCAUAGAGGCUGGAGUUGUUACUGAAGCAUCUACUGAUGAAAAUGUCGGUGCUCCUAUUGCUGAGGUCGAUCCAAGUGUUGCACCACAGUUUGCACAACACAGUCAGUGGAUGCAGUACCCACAACCCCCCCAAUAUCAUCAUCCACAACAAAGUAUAAUGGGGAUUUAUAUGCCGGCCCAGCCUAUGCCACAGCCAUUAGCCUUAGUGACUCCUGGUGUAAUGGAUGUCCCUUACCCGGAGAACCAGGUGUCAUUGCCUUCGCCUUUGAUGGGAACAUUAUCAGAUACUCAGACAUCUGGAAGGAAAAGAGGUUCCCCUGAAGACAUAGUUGAAAAAACUGUUGAAAGGAGACAGAAGAGGAUGAUAAGGAACAGGGAAUCUGCUGCACGUUCACGAGCAAGGAAGCAGGCUUAUACUAAUGAAUUGGAGAACAAAGUUUCACGAUUAGAAGAGGAAAACGAAAGGCUGAGGAAGCAGAAGGAGCUGGAUAAGAUGUUACCGUCUGCACCACCACUGGAGCCAAAAUAUCAGCUUCGUAGAACGUCAUCAGGCCCGUUCUAACAAUUUCCGUAACGGAUACUGUGGAAGUUUUGCAUAUACAAACCAGCUUGUGUCUUCUGUUUCUAGUUUCAAUCGAGACAUAAGAUAAAAAAAAGUGAGCACCACAAUUUGCAAUGCACUUUCUGGAAGCUGCCAUUGAUGGUUGCUUGGAACUUGUAAGAGUUAUUUUUUCUUCCCCAUGUAUCUACCUAGUUUUUACUGUGAAAUCAAUUCAAACUAUAAAUCUUCAUGCUACCUUUGCCGCGAAUGUGUA